UUAAACAAUUGGUGCCCAUUUCUAUAUCAUAUGUUUCUUGUUCAUCCGUGUUCUCUCGAGCUCAUCUAGAACACAACAAAGACAGCUAAGAAAAACAUAAGUACUGGGUAAUUAUCAUAGUAUUUCAAUGAGAAAAAAACUGUCUGACACACGCAUAUCCAAUUUUUCCACCGGUCUGACCGGUAUAGUAGGGUGUAUGCCCAAACAGCGAGACAAAGAACACCCAAUCCUGGAUCUUUUGAGUACAUGUGUACACACACAAAAAUCCUCAAUACACCCUUUGGAACAGCGACAACACAUUAGACCAAAACAUGGCGGAUGAUUUGGUCAACUGGCGGUUACUCCUAGGUCUUUUUCUGUUCGGACUAAACCAGUUCUUGGUGAUUUUUGUCAUCAAAACGGCGGGACUGGUCGACAGAGUGUCAUGUGGAAUGGGAAAGAAAUUGGCAAUACGCAGAGAAGUGAGAUUUCACGCAGAAACGGACUCCUUCCCGACAACAGAGGCCAUGGAUUUCAACCGAUUAGAUAACAAACAUCAUAACGUGGUGAAGAGAGCAGAGAGGACUUUGAACAAACUCCAAAAAGACUUCCACGAGAAAGGUCUGGAAAAGUUUUUCAAUGCCAGGAAAGGAAAGUCGCACGGGCACAACACAGAAACACAAAACUUUGGAAAACAACCAGAUGGACACAUCAUGGCAAAAAUUGCAAAACGGACUGGCUUCAACAAAACAAGGAUUGGACACUUGUACGAAAAGGAAGCCGUGAGGAAAAGAAUUUCAGAUAGAAUCUUAUCUAAAACUUGAUAAAUCAGAGCACAAUACUUGACUAUGAUUAUGUUACUGGCUGUCAUAUUGACUGUGAACAGUGAUUAAUAACUCUAUAUUGAGGUUUGUAUGUACUGCGUACAGAUACAGUAGACGCCGCUUAAUUGCACGGCCUAUUUGCCAGUGAAUUUUGUGCAAUUAUCCGGCUGGUGCAAUAAUGCGAAGUUAUCUAGAUGGACCGCACUGAUUGGGGGUUUCGGGAAUCCGUGCAGUUAACAGAAGUGUGCGUUAAUCCGUUGUGCAAUUAACUGACUUCUACUGUAUAUUAAUGAUUGAUUGAUUGAAAACUUUUAUUGUACAUUUUUGCCACUCCGGGCUAAGUAUAGGUUACAACAAGACUUAUUGAAAAGAUUCAGUUAACAGAUACAAAAUGCAACUAUCGUUGGAUAAAUUCAACUUCUUAUCGCUUUUGUGUUAUGGUGGUGAUAAAAGAAUAGACAUGUUUUAUGAUCGAUGGUUCGUCUAGUUACAUUAGGAAUAUGAAUUUUUCUACAGCACUGAGGUGUAUGAAGUAAAUAGGUUUGGUAUAACCAUAUAGAGUUCAUUUCUCUCUACCGUAUACAUUCUACACUCUACUACAAAAUGACAUUCAAUCUCUAUUCUAUUUUAUUAUUCUCUACUCCAUUAUAUUAAUAGGCAAAUAUCUGAAAAGAAUGUUUAGACCUUAGAAACAAUGAUAUAGAUAAUACUCGAGACUCGAGGAGUUCAUAUAUUGAUACUUAGCAUAUGUAUGCACUUGUUUGUUCACAUUAUGUUAGUAGUUAAAGCAGAUCUUACGAAAGUUACAGUACUUUUGCUGUGUCAAUAAGAUCUUCUUAUAUGUAGAACAUGUGUGAAAAUGUGAUUUUAGUCUUUAUUUACUUUUUUCAGUGCCAUGACAUCUUACGUCUAGCUUCAUUCUAAGAUCUAGUUGUCUUUUCCAAGAUUUUCAUGUCUAGAAGACUUUUUCUUAGUUGUCACUUUCCUCUGCACCUGUUCUGAGAAAUAGAGCUCUGAUAAAAGCCCUAAUCAUUGGCCCUUGAAACGACCUAAUGACAUUUGUACCCGGGACGAACAAUAGAUCACGUAAAGUGUGAUCCUCCAUGAGUCAUGCCUUUUCUUCAUUCAAACCCUUGAAAUGCGCCUCCGGCAAUAC